GAGCUGGCGGUGGAGGGCAGAGCAGACGUGUACAGUUUUCUGCUGUGACCCUCUGUGCGCCACCCGGAAGGACAAGGGCCGCAUCCGGAUAAAGAUGGCGCCUCCCACGCCGCUCUUGGCAGUACGAGGAUCUGAAGGACUCUAUAUGUUGCAUGGGUCACCUCAUUUUACAGAGCAUACAACAUUUCAGAGGGAUUCUGGGAAAAAUGCAAAAGUGUUUACUUUCAACAGAGAUGGAUCCCUUUUUGCAUGGGGCAAUGGAGAAAAAGUAAACAUUGUAAAUGUCACCAACCACAACCUGCUGCAUUCUUUUGAUCUGCCCAAGGCAGUUUGCCUUGAAUUCUCCCCAAAGAGCAAUGUCCUUGUGACAUGGCAGCUUUAUACAAGUACGAUUGCAAAUAAGCUUCAUCUGCAGAAAAUCAGUGAUUUUGUGUUGUCGCCAGGAGAUCAGCCAACCAAGGUUGCUGUUUAUGUUCCUGGAACCAAAGGAGCCCCAUCUUUUGUAAGGCUUUACCAAUAUCCUAACUUUGAAGGCUCACAAUCUGCAUUGGCAAACAAAAGCUUCUUUAAAGCUGAUAGGGUGAAAAUGCUGUGGAAUAGUAAAGCCACUGCAAUGCUAGUAAUAGCUAGUACAGAAGUUGAUAAAACAGGAGCAUCUUAUUAUGGAGAACAAACUCUACAUUACAUAGCAACCAAUGGAGAAACAGCUGUCGUACAACUACCAAAAAAUGGUCCAAUUUAUGAUGCAGCCUGGAAUCCCAAUGCCACGGAGUUCUGCGUUGUGUAUGGUUUCAUGCCUGCUAAAUCUACUGUCUUCAAUCUAAAAUGUGAUCCUGUGUUUGACUUUGGGACUGGUCCCCACAAUGCUGUCUACUACAGUCCUCAAGGACAUAUCUUAGUAUUAGCUGGAUUUGGGAAUCUUAGUGGACAACUUGAUGUAUGGGAUAUUAAAAACUACAAACUUAUUUCCAAACCACAAGCCUCUGAUUCUACAUACUUUGCCUGGUGCCCUGAUGGAGAGCAUAUAGUAACAGCUACAUGUUCUCCAAGACUACGAGUUGGGAAUGGAUUCAAGAUCUGGCAUUAUACUGGCUCUGUCUUAUACAUAUACAAAGUUCAGCCAAAUGCAGAACUUUGGCAAGUUACUUGGCAGCCCUUUUUGGAUGGAGUAUUUACAGCAAAGCCAAUAACAUACCAUGCUGUUCCAAGCAAAAUGUUAAAUGAGGAACCAAAGGCUGCCCCAACCUAUAGACCUCCAGCUCUCAGAAAUAAACCUGUAACUAGUUCUAAACUGCAUGAGGAUGAGCCACCCCAGAACAUGAGAACACAGUCAAAAAGUGGUGAUAAGCCAUUAUCUAAAACAGCACUUAAAAAUCAAAAGAAGCAUGAAGCCAAGAAGGUGGCUAAACAGGAGGCGAGAGCUAAAGGGGACCAGGAAAUCACUCCAUCUCCUCCAAUACAAAAUGAAUCGAGCAAUACAAUAUCCUCUGAAAUAUCAGGAGAUCCUGAGUUGGAGAAAAAGAUAAAAAAUCUUAAAAAGAAACUCAAGGCUAUUGAACAGCUAAAAGAUCAGGCUGCUGCAGGUAAACAGCUAGAGAAAAACCAGAUGGAGAAAAUUCAAAAAGAGGCUACCCUUCUAAAAGAAUUGGAAGACUUGGAACUGGGUGUUUGAGCUACAGAAAAUUAAAAUCACAAUUUUCUUCUAUGGAUUCAUUUGAAAAUAAAUAAUUAAAAUGCUUACUUUUAUUACUUCC